GCGUCGCGCGCUCCGUCAGUUGCAGUCUCAGUAGCUGGCCCAACGUAGCUGAUUGGCUGGUGGGCGCAGUGGAGGUUCACCGGCUCUAGGCCCAGAGAAGUCUCUCUAGUCCUUUGCCUGGUUGUUUGCGGUGAGGCGGCCGUGAUGGGUUCCCGGGCGUCCACCUUGCUUCGGGACGAGGAGAUUGAAGAGAUCAAGAAGGAGACGGGCUUUUCUCACAGUCAGAUUACUCGUCUGUACAGCCGGUUUACUAGCCUGGACAAAGGAGAGAAUGGCACUCUUAGCCGUGAGGAUUUUCAGCGCAUUCCAGAGCUUGCCAUCAACCCACUAGGGGAUCGGAUUAUCAAUGCCUUCUUUCCGGAAGGAGAAGACCAGGUAAACUUCCGUGGAUUCAUGAGAACUUUGGCCCACUUCCGCCCCAUUGAAGAUAAUGAGAAAAGCAAAGACCAGAAUGGUCCAGAACCACUCAAUAGCCGGAGCAACAAGUUGCACUUUGCUUUUCAGCUAUACGAUCUGGAUAAAGACGACAAGAUUUCACGGGAAGAGCUUCUUCAGGUAUUGCGGAUGAUGGUUGGUGUAAACAUCUCUGAUGAACAGCUGGGUAGCAUUGCUGACAGAACUAUUCAGGAGGCUGAUCAAGAUGGUGAUAGUGCUAUCUCUUUUACAGAGUUCGUUAAGGUUUUGGAGAAGGUGGAUGUAGAGCAAAAAAUGAGCAUUCGAUUUCUUCACUGAUGGAUCAAGUCCCUUCCUUGAUAUCCUGAUAAUUAAGGAAUAGAGUUUAUUUUACCCUCCUUUCUCCUAAGCAUUGCUACUGGUACAUCUCCAAAUCCUUCUCAGUUUGUUCCAUCAAUGUGAACAUUCCUUCUGCAUCAGAACAAAAGGACGUGGCUGCAGUGCAGCCUGGAAUGGAGCAGUGAAAUGGCCUCUUCUUCACAACUCUUUGCAUUUUCUGAUUAGAAAUGUGUUCUUCCCAUGUACUGUAGCCUUCUAUCAUCUUAUGAACUCUGAUUUGGAAAUACAAGAGGGCAAAUUCCAGUGAAGAGCUAUUUGAAGUAAUGUACAAUAUAAAUCUGUUUGACUCUGUAGCAGUAUAUUCUGUUCUGUUUUUCAUGCCUUCUAAAGUUCACAAUCGUAAUGCAAGACCAGUGGUUUUGUUUUCAGGACAAGGUCUUGGGGGAGUAUCCCCAUUCAAGUAAAAUAAGAUGUCUUACAUCUACCAAAUCUGUAAUCUACAAUUCCGAGAAUGCAGUAACUGGGCACUUGCAUUAUAUGGUUUCAUAGUCUGUUUUUUCCUCUAGUAAUAGAAGUUAAAUACUUUCUCACUAAACCUCCACCCAUUUUUAUUAUCUGUUUUUUUCAAUGUUUUCAACAUAUUUGUUUAUUGCACAGCUGUGAUGAAAGUCCUAUUUUCAUAUUAAUCAUGCCACACUAGCCCACUUAGAUUUUUGAACUCUGACAGGUAUUCUCACAGCCCAGGCUGGAGGAUUAGAAAGAGGUCAUAUGCCCUGUUCAUGAGAUGGGAACACUAUUGUUUUUAGGAAAAUGCUGAGCACAUGACUAAGGUAAUUUAUGUUUUAUUUCAAGCACACACCAAUUAUUAAACAUUGCUACAGUAAAUUUUGAUGCAACUUCAGAGCAGUAGAUGCUUGAGAUGGAAAGAAGUGAGUGUUUUGAACUUUCCAGGCUGGGUUGCCUUUGUGGUUCAGCAUGCAAUGCCAUUGCGCUAAUUAUCAAAACACACUAACGUUUCGGUGAUGCAACUUGAAUUGGCAGUGUUGUCUUCCAGAAUGCACAAAAUACUUCUACUAAAUCAGUGUUCAGAUGCUCCUAUCCUCCCCCACUACUUUCAUGUGUCAGCAUUUCUAUAUCGAGUGCAUUUUUAUCUGGUUCACCUCUAUCCUGUACAAUUCAAUGAUCUUUCAGAGUUGCACAUAAUUUUUUCACUUCAAAAACCUGCAGAAGAAAAUCUUUUCCAGACCAAAAUGUAAAGCUUAGAAAGGCCUGGGAGCAAAAUUAAAGAUAGAUCUCUAUAAAAUAAACACUUUAGGAUUUUGAUCAUGGUGUAACAGAAAUUUUAUAAAAAGAAGGAAUGUAACAGUCACAACAUUAUGUUAGAUGUUAUACAUUUAAAUAGCUUAUUUUCAAAGAAGCACAUUUUCCAUUUGGUUCUAUAGCUGUAAU